AUGUUCGACAUUUUUGCAAGCAGAAAAUAUUCAUUCGAACAAAUCCCUGAUUUGACAGGCAAAAUUGCUAUCAUUACCGGUAGCAACACAGGUAUCGGUAAAGUAUGCGCUUUCGAAAUGGCCAAGAAAAACUGUACAGUAAUCCUUGCUUGUCGUAAUAAGGAGAAAUCAGAAGCAGUCGUCGAACAAAUCAAAUCUGAAACAGGCAAUCAAAACGUCGACUUUAUCCAAAUCAAUCUUCUGAAAUUAGCCAGCAUAAAAGCUUUUGUCGACGCCUUUCUUUCACGGUACCAGCAACUGGAUAUCUUGAUCAACAACGCUGGUGUCAUGAUGCCACCUUUUGGGCUUUCUGAAGACGGCAUUGAGCAACAAUUUGCCACCAACCACGUCGCUCACCAUUUGCUUACGUUGCUAUUAUUACCCACUCUUCAACAAUCCUCGGACGCACGUAUCGUCAAUGUAAGUAGUAUGGGCCAUCGUAUACCCUUCAGACGACUGGAUUUACACUCCAUCAGCGAUCCGAAGAAAUACAACAGAAUAGUGCAUUACGCAAAAUCAAAGGCUUGUAAUAUCUUAUUUACAAGAGAGCUUGCAAGACGCUUGGAAGCACAGGGUAUACAAAAUGUGUUUGUGAAUACUAAUCAUCCUGGGGCUGUCAGUACUGAACUUUAUCGCUAUACUCCAUCGUUUGCCACUUAUAUACUGAGAUCGCUUGUUCUGAUAACUCCUGAAGAUGGCGCUUUGACCCAGCUGUACUUGGCCACGAGCCCUGAGAUAAAAGAGAAGCAGAUAAGAGGUCAAUUUUACGUGCCUUACGGUGUUCCGAGUCAACCAGGCGGGGUUGCCGCUUCUGCUGAUGCUCCUUUGGAAUUAUGGGAAUUUACUGAAGCAUUGAUCAAGGAGAAAGUAGCUUCUUACGAAGGAGCACCUAUUUAA